AUGACUAGUGCUUGUCAACUCAACACUUCAUCGUCGCCACCGGGCCGCCCCAGUCCCCCUCGACCCACUGGUGUCCAGACCAACGAAGACGUGGCCCGCCGUCUCAUUCCAGCACUGCGCAUACCUGUUGACGAGCUGCCGGCGCUCCAUUCUGCAGCACUGCACGGCAUGCGGGAGCAGGCCAUCCACGACCAGACUGUUCUUGAUCCGGAUGCCUUCCUUGAUGCUCCGGACUCUCCCCCCCUGUUCCUCGUCGGUGCCGGUAUUGAAUGGCCAAACUUCAUCACACGUGCCAUGCACCUCCGAUCCUCAUCUUCUCCAAGCUCCCCUUGCUCCGAGCCCGAUCUUCCUCCCGAUAACGCCGACUCGGAAUGGCUCAGCACCAGUAGCCAUGGCACCGAGCAGACCUUCUCCGCCGACUCACUCGAGCAGUCCCGCCAGUCCAGCAACUCUAGCUGGACGACCUUGCUCACCAGCCGAGGCACUCCGGACGUCCCCCACUCGCCGACGCCGUCGCCCACUCUCCCACUUCCCCCUCAUCCGUCCCCAGUCCUCCAUUUCCCUCCCCUCCCUUCUCCCCCUGCCACAGUUCGCCACCGCCGCCCCACCCCACCUACACCCGACCUCACCGCGCCCACCACCACCACCCAACCCGACCUCGCCUCCCUCUCCUUUGCGGACCUCUCCGCAGCCCUCGAUGCCAUGAUAGCGGACCUCGCCCCACCUUCGCUCGCUCAGCGUCGCGGCGUUGUCAUACCCCACCUCCGUUUGACCGGCAUCCCGACUCCAGCCCCUCUCCCGUACCGCCCACUCCCGCCACUGCCCCGCGAGCCGCCGUCCGCGCCCCUCGUCCGCAUGCGUGGAAGCAGGGGAUAUCCUCGUGCGUCAGCUCAUGUCCCCGAGCCUCGUGCUCGGCCAGGGGACACCGUGGCUCGCAGCAAGCCUGCUGGCCCGCGCCCGCGGACGUCGGGGGUAGAACUUCUCCGCAAGCUCACCCACAAACGCAGCAAAACACGGGGCGAUGGCAAGCCCAAUUCGACUCCCUCCGCGCAGACAGCCAAGCCCUGCCUCACCCCCACGCCUCCAGCUUCGCAAAUGCCCAAAUCCACCCCUCCAGUGCCCCCACCCCACAUGCCCAGGCGGGGGGAUUACGCUUCCUCGGGAACAUGGAGCGCCGCGUUCGACGCGUGGGCCACGGCGGCAGAGCACGCCGCGCACUACGGAUCCACCGGCCACGGCACGCAAGAGUCGAGGCGCGCGUCCCGCGGCCCUACGCCGCCGGAUAUCGACGACGGCGUGCCCGGCCCUCACGGUCUGGGGGAGUACGAGCCGUGGGUUGAGCCGCUUUACGCUUCGUAUAUCUCCUCGGCUCCACUUUCCGAAUAUCAUUUCGUCCCGGACGUAGAGACUCCAACUUGGCAGCGGAAGGAGGUCGACGAUGAGGAACACAGACAGCCCAACCGGGAGCCCGAGCAGUACUCCUCCACCACCUCCCGCUCAUGCACCCCAUCGUCCUCGACGCACGCCGUCCACUCGCACUACUCCCACUUCGUGAGCAGGGCUAGUGCGCACGCUCCAUCCCCACCCUCCUUCCUCGGGCCCGCAUCUCUCCCGUCUCCCCGCGCCCUCCCCAGCCCGCCCCUAAGCUCCCUCCGCCCGCACCACCCAUUAGCAAUCUACACGGACGCGGAAUGGGCCGCCCUCCCGCGUUCGCACCGCGCGCUCGCGCGCGCGGCCUACCCGGCCAUUCGGCGCGCGCGCCGCCGUCGCGCGCUUGACGCCGACGCGCCCCCACCCCCCGCGUCGACGCCCGCCGGCGCGCUCGCGCGCGCCUACCGCCUCCGCCAUACGCCGCUGGCGCAGCUCGCGUGGUGGAGCGACGACGUAUGGGCGUCCUUUACGCUCACAGAGCUCGCCGAGAUCCAGGCUAUGGCGGAGCACGUGGGGGCGCUGCGCGACGCCGAAGAACACAGGGAGGAAAUGGCGCUGCGGCAGUGGGAGAGGGAGGCGGAAAGGUUGAGGGAGAUGGGGCCGGACGAGGAGUGGGUCGCGGGGAUGGUGGGCGCGCCGAUGGAGCCCGGGACGUGGGCGCCGCUCGGGAGGGACGAUGCGGUUUUGGGGCGUAUUCUGAUGGAGCGGGUGGCGGGGGAGCGCAGGCGGCGCGGAUGCGAGGGUGGUAUGGGGCUCGACGAUGCUGGAAGGUUUGGAGGGGGAAUGGUUGAUAAGGGGCCGUGGGCGGGAGAGGGUUCCAGGGAGAAGGAAGUGAUGAGUGGAGUGUAA